AUGAAGAAAGCGAGUAGAGUUAAGGUAUCACUAGUAUCUAGCCCUCAUUUUAAGGAUGACUAUGACGAUGAUGCAGUAUAUAAUAUAGAUGACUAUGGCCAUGACGAAGACACUAUAACAAGCCAUGAUGAAAACACUAUAACAAGCCAUGAUGAAGACACUAUAAUAAGCUAUGAUAACUCUGCUUCUACAUUAGUUGAAUCAGAAAUAUCAGAAUCAGUUGCUACUAAUUCAGCUGAUUUAUAA